AUGAGUAUGAAUCAUCUCACGGAUUCAGGUAAGGAUAUGUGGUCGAAUUUGUUUUUACUUGUGGAUACUGCGGUUAUGGUUCAGGAAGAAGAACAACGUCGUCGUCGUGGGGAAGAAGAAGAUAGCGAGAAGAGUUUCUUCUAUCUUUUCCCGAGGAAGAAAAGGUCGUCUUUGGUGAGGAGAAGAUACACACAACAAAACCCUAGUGGGGUUUCUAUGAUGUCAUCUUCUUCAUCGCUCGAUGAUCACGAGACGAAAAGCACACAAAACCCUAGUUUUUUAGAUGAGCCUUUGGUGUCUGAUGCGGAGCUACUACGUGCAAAGAAGGGGAAAUCUAAGAUUGUCUGUGAAGAUUACGACUACCGUGAUGAGUCGAAGAGACUGGUAAGUAACCUAGGACGAAACUUGGAUGAUCUUGAUGGGGCGUCGUCUUCUAUGUCUUCAUCGUUCCUGAACCAUCGUUGUUAUAACACGGCUAAGUCUGAGAAGACAGAGACGAACGACCCUAGUUACGAACCAUGCCUAAAGGAGAAGACGACAAGCGGCAAGAGGCGUGCCGUGGAGCAGAGGAAGAGUGGUAAUGUCAAGAAAGAAAAGGUUGCUUCUUUCCAAAGGAGGACGGAUACAGAUGCACCGGAGUGGAUUUUUCAGGUGAUGAGUAGAAUGAGAGCUGAUGCCGCAAACCCGUUGCUGAUCUUUGAGAGGGGUCUAACACCGACUGAUGUGAGUUCAACUCAGUGCCGUCUCUUAAUCCCAUGCCAGCAGCUAAUCAGAAACGAUUUCUUGACGCCGAGGGAGUCUCGAGCCAUGAAUAAAGAGGAAUACAUCGAAAACGAGGAUGAUACUAUCGGUGUGGGAACAAUUCUUGUGAACCAAAGAUGUGAAAAGUGGGGAUUGCGUUUCAAGCUAUGGCCGAUGGAAAAGGAAACUGGACAUGGAACCUUGAAUUACGCUUUGAACUGGGCGUGGAACGAUGUCGUCAAGGGUAACAACUUAAAAGCCGGGGACAAGAUCAGUCUUUGGACUUUCAGGUGCCGUGGAGUAGUCUGCUUUGCUCUUGAGACAUACUAAGCUUCUUCAUUAAUUUGGUGUCUGAUAAUGUUUGAUUUCUCUCUUGACUCGAUUUAACUUGAUUGAUCUAGUUUAUUUCUUCUGCACAGCCAUUGAACUUGGGGUUUUGGUCUAGUAAUAACUUCUAGGAAGUGUUAAUUAG